AUGUUACGUUCCAAAUCCAGAUCUGGUUAUUUGGAAUUCGGGCAAAAGAAGCAUCAAUCCUUUCUCAUUAGAAGCAUUUCCGGAUCGAAGAUUUGUAGGGGAGAUGCUCUUGCUUCACAAGUCGCUAAAGAAGCCGUCGUUUCCGUUGAUCGCAAGUCAAUUAGUUUAUCAGAGAAUCGGAUUGUUAAGGCUGCAAUGAUGCAAAAGCAAGUAACCGAUUUAGAGGAGGAGUUGAAGAACACAAAAGCGAGAUUAAAUGAAGCAGAACGAGAAAAAAACCGGCUCAUUACGGAGGUUAAUGCAGGGUUGUCAAAGGCGUUUGAGGCUAAAUUGGCAGAAAGGGAUAAAUAUUUAGAACAAUUGAAAAAGGAAUUGGCCACAGUUAAGGAUGAAAGCAAAAAACAGAUGCAGGAAUUGGAAGAUCAGGUGGAAAAAGCAAAGCAAUCGGAAUCAAAAAUGUUGGAGUCGCUGAUGUUUCAAACGCAAGAAAUUAUGCAAACUAAAAUGGAUUUAGAAGAAUCGAAACUUGAAGUUGCUUCACUUUACGAGAGGCUCGAGAAUGGUGGCAACAACAACACAUCAAAAGCAUUAAAAGAAGAAAUCGCAAAGCUGAAGAACGAAGUAAAACAUGCAAUGGAAGGCGAGGAGAAAAGCAAGAAGGCGAUGGAUGGUUUAGCAUCUGCAUUACAAGAAGUAGCGACAGAAGCAAGUAUGACAAACGAAAAACUAAGAUCAACAGAAGCGAAAGUAACCGAUUUGAGCUCAGAAGUCGAGCGAUUAACGGAAGAACUCGAGAUACAAAGGGAAGAAUACGAUCGAUUACGAGUGGAAUCUGAGGAAUCUUAUCUCACAUGGUCAUCAAAAGAAAUGGGAUUCAUAACUUGUAUAAAAAAAUCCGAUGAAGAAUCCGCCGCCGCUAAACACGAAAACAACCGGCUGAAAGAAGCCCUAGUCUCCGCCGAAAACACAGCACGAAUCGCGAGAGAAGAAGCUUUCAAGCUUCGAGACAUUCUCAAACAAGCCCUAAACGAAUCAAACGUCGCUAAAGAAGCCUCCAACAUCGCUCGAUCGGAAAAUUCAGAACUCAAAGACUUACUAGCAGAAAAAGAAGACGCAUUACAUUUCCUCACAAAGGAAAACGAACGAUUACGAAUCAACGAAGUCGCAGCUCGUGAAAACGUGAAAGAGUUCAAGAGAUUAUUAGCUGCAAAAGCAGAAGCUGAAAAAUUCUACGACGAAAAAGAACACAACGACGAUUUCGACUCCCCGCUUUCGUGUCUCUACGAAGAUCAUUACGACGGAAGAGGAACACCACGGCAGACAUUCAGCUUCGAUUUCGACGACCUGAAAGCGUUCAACAAAGACGACGACGUUUUCAACAACUUCGAAGACGAAACAGUUGCUGAUAUCGCUGUAGGUGAUGAUCCGGAGAAGGCGGAGGCGUUGAAAGGUUCGAUUUUUGACAUGUCGGCUUCGCCUAAAUCAGAGCCGCAGACGCCGAAGUUUAAACCGGAGCACCGGCGAGCUUCGUCGAUUUAUACGGAUGCAGGUGGGGUGGGUCAAGGGGAGGAAGGCGAGAACGCCGGUAGUAGUGGGCAUAGCCAUAGCCAUGGUCAUACGGAAGAUGGAGAUGAUAGGAGCUACUACAGCCGUAAGAAGCUGUUUAAGAAGAUCGGAGAACUUAUCGUCGGAAAACAAACCAGUAAAAAAGAAGGCUCAGAAACGCCUAAAGAACAUGGAAAAGAAAAAGAACAGAGCAAAGAACAGAGUAAAGAAAAAGAACAGAGUAAAGAAAAAGAAAAGGAACAGGGUAAAGAAAAAGAGCAGGGUAAAGAAAAAGAAGAGGGUAAAGAACUAGCGAUUGCAGAAACGACGACGCAUCAUUCAAGUGGAUUUAGUGGAUACACAACCGCUGGAUGGAAAAAAGUUGCUUUAUAUUACGGGCCUUAUGGUGGUUCAAAGGAUUCUUGAUACAAAAAGCUCGGUACAGAAGGAGUUUGUUCACCUCUUAUGAAGUAUAGACAGAUUAUUAUUAUUUUUUUGCAAUUGUAAUUUAUCAUUUCUUAUUGUGGGACGUAAUAUAUUUACAUUUUGAUGAUUUAGAUGAUAUGAUUUAUAUUUAUAUUUAUGCCUAUAAGAGUUGUAUACAUUAAGUUGUUAGAUAUAUUGUCUAUUUAUAUA